UACCAUCAUUUACUGAGACCAGACACGCUGACCCCGUAGCACAAGCCGUUUCCAUGGGAACGGUCCUCAUACGGAAGCUCGCGUGGAUAACAGAGGGAGGGAGUGAAACGCGAAUCGGACGGGAGGCAGCGCUCAGAGGCCUGACGUGGAAGGUGUCAGGACCGGAGAAACAAACUCCUGAGCAACAGAACCGGCGAAGGUCCAGUCGGCCUGUCGCUUCACGCCACUCGGCAGCAUGAGUCUGGAUAAAGCAAAGCUGUGCGACUCGCUGUUGACCUGGUUGCAGACAUUUCAGGUCCCGUCAUGUGAUAACAAGCACGAUCUAAUGAGUGGAGUGGCCAUUGCUCACGUACUCCACAGAAUAGACCCCUCUUGGUUUAAUGAGACGUGGCUUGGCAGGAUCAAGGAGGAGAGCGAGGCCAACUGGCGCCUUAAAGUCAGCAACUUGAAGAAGGUCCUGAAAAGCAUGCUGGAGUAUUACCAUGAUGUGCUCAGUCAGCAGGUGUCCGACGAGCAUUUACCAGACGUGAACCUCAUAGGCGAGCUGGGAGACGUGACGGAGCUGGGCAAGCUGCUGCAGCUCGUGUUGGGCUGCGCCGUCAGCUGCGAAAAGAAACAAGGUAAAAAAAAAAUAAACAAAAUCCACACGUCAACCUGUGAGGAAUGAUCCACAAGAUUAUUUUAACUCUCGUGAAC